UUAACCCUCUCUGACCCCUUCUCUUAUCCUCUCUCAUUCUCUCUCUUCCACCAACAGACCGUGACUUCAGCAUCCAGGUGAAUGUGGAGCGUCGCUCCUUUACAGCAGGUGAGCCCCUGGAGCUGCGCUGCACCAUAGAGGCCCAGAGAGUUGCCGAGCGCUUCUUCUCCGUGUCCUGGGUGUUCAGCAGCUCGCCGCUUGCCCUCAUCGGACCCAGCGCCGUGCCUGUCCUGGGGCCCGACUAUGUGGCCCGUGAGGCCGCCGGUCACAUGACCAUCCGCAAAGAGGCUCCCAACGUGCACCUGGUGAAGCUGCAGCGCCUUCGUCCCGAGGAUGCUGGGAAGUACCUCUGCCGUGUAAUCGAGAGGGAGAGGACACCGACAGGAGAUUUUAUCGACCGCAGCAAGAGGUCCCGUAAUGUACAGAUCACCGUCCAGCCCAUCCAAAGCAACAUCACCAUCUCCUUGUCCACGAACUCCUCCGAAGUUCAGGAGGGGGGCGUGGUCCAGUUCACCUGUACUGCCCGCUCCUACACCGGCCCCCUCUCCAUGGCCUGGCAGUGGACCGACCAGUCCAGCUCGGAACCUGCCCAGGACCUGGCCACAGUGGACCAGGACGGCAGCGUCCGACCGGGCCCUCGAUACAUGGAGCGAGCCAGCUACGGGGAGGUCCGGGUGGAGCGCGUCCGUCCUGCCACCUUUAUCCUGUCUCUGUACAACGCCGGGCCCGGGGAUGAGGGUCAGUAUCGCUGCUCGGUGUCGGAGUGGCUUCAGACCGGGACCGAACCAGAACUGAGUUGGGAGAAGAUCGGAGAGAAGUCUGCCACCAAGAGCGUCACCAUCAAGACUGUCGAAUCUUCCUUUGUUGUGUCUGCCUCGUCAAGAACGCCCAGCGUGACCUAUGGUGAAUCGUUUGACCUCCAGUGCCUGGUCAAGCCUCGCCACAACCCCCGUGUGCCUGCCUCCGUCACCUGGCGCUUCCUUCCUGCCUCGGCCAGCGAAGGGACCGAGUUCCGUGACCUGGUGACCUUCACACGAGAGGGGACCCUCCAAUGGGGCGAGCAGCUACUGGGCCUGGGCACGCGCACCACUGUGGACCGUUCCCAUGCCAACACCAACUUCCGCCUGUCUAUCACACGGGCAGGAAGGCGGGAGGCGGGGACUUAUCAAUGCUCCGCCCAGCUAUGGAGAAGAAACUAUGAUGACACCUGGAGUAAGAUCGCCAACCGCACCUCCAACCUGCUGGGGAUCAGUGUUCUACAGCCUGUGAACAAGCUGCGGGUCCAGAAGACCAACCAGUCUCUGGUCUACCUUGAGGACAGCAGAGUCCGUGUCAACUGCUCCAUCGCCUCCCAGACCAGCUCAGACUCCCAGCAUGCUGUGUUGUGGUACGUGAGGCGUGCAGCGGGGGCGGAGCAGGACGAGCUGCUCCUGAGGAUCGAGCGCUCGGGGGCGUUCCAGUACGGGGCCUACGCCGACGAAGAGUGGCUUCGCCGGCGUGUGCAGGCCGAGCGCCUGUCUCCACACCUGUAUGCACUGACAAUGAACAGGGCAGAGGCCAGCGACUCCGGAACCUACUACUGCCUGGUGGAGGAGUGGUUGACCGACCCUGAAGGAGCUUGGUAUCGGCUUGCUCGAGACUCUUCUGGCUACACUCAUGUCCUCGUCCAACAGCCAGAGGUGCGCCUGCAGAUAGAGGAGGCGGAGUCUAAUGUGACAGUACACGAGGGGGGUCCUUUCCGUCUGGGCUGUAGCAUUCUGUCGCAGUCCUCCCGGGAUUCCCGCUUCUCUGUGUCCUGGUAUGUCCAGCGUUCCUCCGUAGGCCCCAAGGACGAGGAGGAGGGUGAGGAGGAGGAGGAGGAGGAGGAGGAAGAGGAGGAGAAGGAGUGCGUGUUCUCAAUCGGCCAUGACGCUGUGUUUGGGAACGGGAACUGCAGCCCGGCGGAGGAGGAGGGGCCAAACUCCCGUCUUCAGUUUGAGAGGACGAGCUCGGACCUGUACAGUCUGGUCAUCCAGGUGGCGCAGCCUAGUGAUGCGGGCCGGUAUUACUGCCAUGUGGAGGAGUGGCUUCUGAAUCCCCGCAAUGCCUGGUAUCGCCUGGCUACCAAUAAUUCCGGGGUGACCCUCAUCAACGUGCAGCAGCAGGUCUCGACCCUGCAGUCGGUGGUGUGCUCCAACGACUCUCUCUUCUAUUUCAUCUUUUUCUACCCGUUCCCUAUCUUUGGGAUCCUGCUCAUUGCCGUGCUCCUGGUGCGCUACAAAAGCCGCAACAACAGCAAGAACCAGGAGGGCAAGAAUGGCGCCCCCCUGCUAUGGAUCAAGGAACCGCACCUCAGCUAUUCCCCAACCUGUCUGGACCCACCUGCUCUCAGCCUGCACCCUGGCUCUGUGGAAUAAAACAAAUGCGACCACAAAUGUGCACACAUACUGCGGACCAGAUCAAUUCCAAACCAUGAAGGGGCUUUUAGCUCUCCUCUGGACCUCAUCUGGCCUAUCACCGUUGUGUUCAAUUAGUCAAUCAACCAAUCAAUGAAAACAUGUAAACCCCGCUCUAUUCACCGUGGCUGUGAUUGGAUAUAUUUACAGCAACAGUGCUGUGUGUGUGUGCCUGUGUGUGUGUGUGUGUGUGUCUAAAGGGGAAACGGAUGUGAGCGUGUGCUAUUUCGUUUGUAAGAGAGACGUCUAGAGAGUGUGCCAAUAUGAACACUUGUUUAUAAGCUCGCCCAUUUAGUCUUCUUUUCCCCCUCAAAAUGAUCUCCUAAUUCCAAGCCUGUUGUGUUUCCUCUCUCCUAACGGUUGUCGGUUCUUCACUACAUGUGUAUAUCAACGACUGCUUGUGUGGACAAUUCUAGGAACUCUGGUACUGUAUCAAAACCUCUAAGGAUGAAGUUUUACUGUGGAUCUGAAUUCUGAUCAGCCACUUCUCAUUCCCUGACUUUGUUACCUUGAGGACCGCUCUGCUACCAUUGACUCUGGAUCUGUUGUCUCCUGCACAAAGACUUGCUGUAGGCUGAGAUGAGGUGUGUGUGUGUGUGUUAGAGAGGGACGGUAGAGAAAUGGGAGAAAGAGACAGUAUUUGUUGAUCUCACUUUGUUUGCCCUAGCAGACAUGAAGAGAGACGUGGCAAGAGACUUGUACACAUACAUGCACAAAUCUUAAAUGUGGCUGCUUCCUUCUUCUCCUUCUCUCCAGAAAGGGAGAGGGAAGGAGGGAUGGAAGGACUGAACUGCUUCAUCCCACUGUGGAAAAACCUGAGGGAAGAUCUUCUUACUCUUUUCUGUCCUCUGCCACCAAUGGCUGAGAUCUAUAGCAUGGGCGGCAAAGCCGAUUGGCUCGGAAGCAAGCUGUGAAAAUGGCUGCCGACCUCCUGUUGAGGGAUUAUGGGACAGAAAGGGCGAUAUGUAUGCUUCUGUUAAAUCUGUUGAUUUGUUCUGCAUAAAUGUAUUGACACAGUGGGAAUUAUGUGCUGAAAAGAAAAUUGAUUCUCACACAUUUUAUACGUUUCACCAAUAUUACAUCCUUCUACUGUCUGUAAAAGAUAUGAAUUGAUCCUACAGAAUUCUACUGAGUCGCUAGAGAUCACUGCUAGAAAUGAAUGCACUGGAGUGGUGGUACAGAGAAACACUGCUGAAUCUUUUUGGACUUUGCUCAUGAGAAGAAAGAAUAACUUAACAGUAAUGUUAUAGACAGUACAGAAAAAUGUAUUUAAAGUGAUUCAAAUCCAAUUUAUGUUUGUUUAAGGUGUUCUCUUAUUAUUUAUGUGAUACUAUUGCUUUUUAUUUAAGUUUUUUUACAAUUCGUAUUUGCUCUGAAAUUCCUUAAGGACUGCAAUGCUGAUGUUGCCAGGCAACCUAGUCAAACAAAUCAUUCGCCUGUGCUAUGUGUCAAUGGCAACCCAACAACUGGUGGCGACGUAGUAGAUGAUGAGUAGAAAUGCUAGAUGUGUCCUCAGAGCUGUUCCACAAAAGGCUUCAUUCAUUCAGGACUCAGUGGAACACUUUAGAAGUGCUUAAAGACAUGUGCAAAGAUGCCUAGCCGCUUUACAUACAGUGUAAUGUACAGUUACACACAGCCACACACUAACAUGGAGCCUCUGCUAGUUUAGUUUAUUUAUUGAAGAGUGCUGUGUGUGUAUCACUAGUUAGGAUGUCUGAGAUGUGUGGAAGCCUAGGAGGACUGAGACUGCCCUCUCUGUCCAGCAGUUUGGAACUGGGAAUCGGAGAAGUAACAUUUCCGUGUCUGACGUCGAAACUAACCCUGUCACUGCCAGACUGACAAAAACCUUGUCCUUCUCUUCUCAACAAUCGUGUCAAAGUGUAUAUUUGCAUGACAGUGUUGCAGGAGGUGUUCUAUGUUUUAUAAACUUUUGAACUCA